UACCCAGUCUUCCUGAAAUAACUUGCGCUGAGCUUCAUUAUAUAGGCUACACUUUUCUACAUCCUACACUACAUAGAUAUUACUAACCCUGCAAUAUGAAUCUGCUGCAUUUUCUUCCAGUCUACUUCGUUUGUUUUCAAUCAGCAACAAUAAUGGCGUACAGAGGCAGCGUGAGACCCUUCGUCAACUUCAACCCCAAACACGAUGCUGAAAUUCUCCAUGCAGCCAUGAAGGGAUUAGGUACGCAUGAAGACACCAUCCUCAUGCUUCUGACUUCACGCAGCAACGAUCAGCGCCAGGAUAUCAAGGCGGUGUAUAAAAAGGUGCACGGAAAGGACCUGGUCAGCGCUCUGAAGUCGGAGCUCGGGGGCCAUUUUGAGAGUUUGAUCGUGGCCUUGAUGACCCCUCCUGUUUCAUAUGAUGCUUCCCAACUGCACAAGGCUCUGAAGGGCCUUGGCACUGAGGACGAGGUGCUGAUCGAGAUCCUGGCCUCCAGGACCGGCGAACAGAUUACAAAUAUCGUCAAAGCGUACAAGAAAGAGUUCAACAGAAAGCUGGAGAACGAUAUCCUCGGUGACACCUCGGGGCACUAUCAGAGACUACUGGUGGUCCUGCUGCAGGGGAGCAGGGAGGAUGGACUAGGCGAGGAAAAUAUUGAUAAAGAUGCAAAGGCCUUGUUUGACGCUGGUGAGGGAAAGUUUGGCACCGAUGAGGAACAAUUCAUCACAAUUCUUGGCAACAGGAGGGUAGAACAUCUCAGAAAAGGUGAGUGUUUGUGGCAACACAAUAUAUGUCAGUAUCGUGCUGGAACAGAUGACUCCACCCUGACGAGGAUUAUGGUGUCGAGGAGCGAGAUAGACAUGUUGGACAUCCGAACCUGCUUCAAAAAGAAAUAUGGAGCGUCUCUUUACACCACCAUCCAGGAGGACACAGAUGGGGACUACCAGAAGGCUCUACUGUACCUCUGUGGUGGGAAUGAUUAAUGGUGUUCUAUAGUCUAGCAGCACUGAAUGAUGAACUGCUGCUGCGGGACAAAGAUGCACAUGUGAUGAGGUUAUUGAUCUGGAGUUGUUGAUUCUUUCUGACUUUGGCUUGCUAUUGAUUGAAUUAGUGUGAAUUACCUCCUUGACGUUUUUGAAUUAUGACAAUAAACGUACAUCUU